AUGGAUAACAAGGCGUUUAUGAUGCAGUCCUACAAUAAGGUUUUUUCCUGUCUUCUGAGUUUCUCUGAACCAUGGAAAUUAAGAAUUUUAGGACUGAAGUUUGAUUGAAAAGAAGAAAUGUUUUUUUUUUUCAACAACUCCAAAUUUUGUCUUCAUAUGAGAAAAAAUGGGAGAACGAACUUGGAAAAAGUUUAAUUCCUAAAAAUAGUUCUGCUCUUAUUACGGUGUUAACGUGCCUCAAUUAUUUGUUUUAUGAAUGUCUUUUUGAGAUCAAAUAGCUCUCCUUUUUGUCAUUUAAGAAUCACAAUUGAUGUUUUUCUGCACUUUUUAAAAGCUUCUAAAAAGUUUCUGAGGUUUUCAAAUGAAAGCAAAGUGGUUUGGCUUUUAUCAACACUAAAAAAGAAAAGCAGUUAGCGUCUAUGUGUUAUAAAUUAUUUCUAGAACCCGAGCAAUCUUUAAAGUUUGGUCGCUAUUUUCGCUCUGAAGUUUUGAGGGUAGAUUUUUAUCUUCAAUUCCUUUCCUAGCAUGUCUUUCUUCUUCAUAUUUACACCCCAGCUUACAAAAAAACAUUUUUAUGCGAUUUGCUAGAAACGGAGUUGAGUCACGAAAUGAGUUAUGAGACGUUUCAAUUUCUCGGCUGCUUUUGUAUCAAGUUUUCUGCCAGUGCUGUGCCGAUUUUCGGAAAUGCCUUUAUCGCGGCUAGUCGCUGUCGCGUAUUCCCGUUUCCGACGCUCUCUUUUUCUGGCACACUCUCUCCGCUUUAAACCAACAUUUCACGCGGAGAAGGGGGCUCCUGGAGAGAUAAUUCUUGAUGUUUGAGAACUGGUAUUUAGAGUUCUUUGGUUAAUGAUGCGACGAAAAGAUUAUAAGACGCUUUUCACAGCAAAAAACUAUCAUUUAAUAAUAUAAGUCGAGUUUAUCAAGCGAUUUUAGCUCCAUGCGCAAUCAUAAGAAAUUCGGAAACACGAGUUUUUCCUUAACAUGUUGUUAUCUCGUAGCUUUUUUUCCUUCUGCGAGUGUUUUCUUCGCAAAAAAUUUGAUAAUGGAUUUUCGAAAAACACAAAUUACAGACUUUAUAAGAAUGUUCAGUAAUUUUUUUGUUUGGUAAAACUUCUCUGAAACGUUUCAGCGCGAAGGGCUUCAAGAUUUUUUUUUUUUGGAAAUAAAUUCAAAAAUUGUUGCCCCUUCGUGUGUUAUUCAACUGUUAGAUAACCCAUCAAACAUUAACUUCGAAUCGGUUUGAGAAAAAUUCAGAAAAACAGUGUCGAGAAACUGUUAAAAAAUGAAAAAAUGUGAAAUGAAGGAUGUUAGUGAUAAGUUUUUUCCAAGCGUUGCGAAAUCGAUACGGAUAACAUGUUGGUUUGCAGCGAGAACUGGAGUCGAGGAUUAUCGGCUUUUUUUUUGUUAAACGUUCACACAUUUAUUUAUUAAUGAGAUAGUUUUCUUAUAAGAAACAGAUAACGGAGAUUUUCGCAGAGUUUUCGCUGUCCAGACGCUGCUCGUAAAUCGUUUCUCAUGCCUUGAUGAAGUAAUAUUGUAAUUCCGAAACGUUCAAACGAACAUCUGUUUCUUCAAGAAGAAAGUAAUUUGAACUUCGGACAAGAAAAUGAAAAGAUUUGAUGGUUCUGUUGCAGAUCAUGGGUGCGACCGGAGAACAACUCGCCCCGGGCGCCGUGCCACAACAUCCGGUGCUGGCGCCCGUCGUCCAGUCCAUGUCAGCUCAGGCUUUGGUCGCGCCGCAGCAGCUCUCUUCCAUGAUGCAGGCCGUCAUGCAAAAGGUCGAGAUUAUGUCGAAAUUACUACUUAUUCUGUACCAAAAGUUCGAUCAAGUACUUAUGGAAGUCAAGUUUUAUUGGCUAUCGGUUAACGUUCACUCAAAAAAUGUUAGAAUUCUGAAUUGACUUUAUUCAUCUCUAUCCGACGGGGAAACUAGAAUUUCUCAAAAGAUCUUUCAUUCGCAGAUUUUUUGCAUACGGCUACUUUUCUUUGGGAAAGUUAGUUAUUUUAUUUCUGAUGAAACUUGUUAGUUUUUAAUUUUCAAAUCAGUGUUUUUCCUAGAAAAAAAGGCGUGAGACAAACUUUUGCCUCCCUACUUGACUUGCUUUGUUAGUUUUGGUUUUGACGUAAUUAUAGUUAAGCAGUAAAAUGGAAAAAGAUGACUCGAGAAAACUUUUAUUCUUCCUGCUAUAAAGCUCGGAAAAGCCUUAGCCAGGAAAAGUGAUCGAAACUGAUGAGUUCUUUGCUUUCCCAAUAGUUUUAUUUUCUCAUCUGAACCGAAAUUUCUAAAAACUCAAAAUUGAUUCAAGUUUUCACAGGCAGCUGCGCAACACACGGCUAACAUGAUCCAGCAAACCACCAACAGCAUCGAAAGCGGUUAGUUUCACUAUUUUCCGUGUUAAAUUCAUUCUUUCUUUUUGUUCGAAUUUUUCUCUCUAAAUCUUCACAGAAAGAAUUUAAGAAAAAAGUUUUCACGUAAUCUAUGUAUUGAUUCAUCUACAAAAUAAAACAGAUUUUUUAAACUUGACAAUUUUGUUCCAAAAAAAUGCCGAAACAUUUAUUUUUUUCAAGCCUUCUCUUUGGAAAAAAAGAAAAAAAUUUCUAAAUAUUUUCGUUACUUUCUUGAGUUUGUUGUAAAUAAGAUUAAAAUUUCAAGAAAAAUGCCGUUUUUUUGAAAAAGAAGUUUGCGAAGUGCAGAGAUAGAUAAUAAAAAAAUUAAGUUGAGUUAUUUCUCCUUCUUGAUAUUUCAUACAAUCCUCGUAUAUAUUUUUUCGUAGUUCACUAAAAACGAGUUUUUCCAAAAAGGUGUCAGAUAAAGCUAAUAACACUAGAGAUUGAAUUGAAAAAAUCGAGCGAUGAAAAGUUUACAUUGAAGUAUUUCUAGGUAACUACGAUGCUUCGAUGACGACGGCGCUGACGGAAAUGGCGCACCGGCAAUACCAGGCUGGAGAUUACACUGGAGCGGAGAAGAGCUGUAUGGCCAUCUACCAGGUCGAGCCGAACAACGUCAGCGUCUUGCUGCUGCUCUCUUCCAUUCACUUCCAGCUCAAAAACCUCGACAAGUCGUUCUUCGCCUGUCGUUCUCCGUCUUGACGGUUCAGCUUCAGAUCGAUGAAGUUCUCGACGCUGGCCAUCAAGGCUAAUUCGACGUGCGCCGAGGCCUACAGCAAUCUCGGCAACGUGUUCAAAGAGCGAGGUCAACUAGCCGAAGCCUUGGAAAAUUACAAACACGCCGUCAAACUGAAGGUCCGUGUUUUUCCUAAAAGAGAUAGAAAAAAAAUUGUUUGAAAAAGAAAUUUUCAUGAGCGAUUUUCUUGAAUUGGUUGACUGAAAAAUACUUUCACAUCUUUUCAUCUCACCUAAUAAAGUUAUUCGAACCGUACAUUUUUGAAGAUUUCUCAUGUGAACCUUUUUCAGCCCGAGUUUAUCGAUGGCUAUAUCAACCUCGCUGCUGCGUUGGUCGCUGGUGGGGACCUGGACUUUGCCGUCCAGGCAUAUCUGAAUGCCUUGAAAUACAACCCGGUUUGGGAUUCCUAGUCUUUUCCUAGUUACUAAUCACUUUUGUAGGAUCUUUACUGUGUUAGGAGUGACUUGGGUAAUUUGCUGAAGGCGAUGGGGCGACUCGAAGACGCCAAGGUGUGAACUCCUUUCCAUUCUCCUGUUAUGCCUCGAUUCAGCUCUGUUACUUGAAAGCGAUCGAGACUCAGCCACAGUUUGCCGUCGCUUGGUCCAACAUUGGCUGUGUUUUUAAUGCUCAAGGCGAAAUUUGGCUUGCCAUACAUCAUUUUGAAAAGGUUCGGCUUAAAUUUAAGAAAAACUACAGAACGUUUCCAGAAGAAAAGAAAAAGAAAAGUCUUCAGUUGUUCUUUGAUUUUGGAAGAAAGAGAAAUUCGUUCAAGGAAGUUUUCUAAAGGAACUAGUUUCUUAAAUAUGAUUUGAAGCAGGAAUGUAGGGCUCAUGAAUAUAUUUGAAGAUUAUUUUUUCAAUUUGCAACCAUUCUCCGAUGAGAAAAAAAAGAUUUGGGGGUUUUCUUCAGAAACGCAACAAAUGCGAAUUCCAUUCGUUUUGAAUUUUCGAGAAGACAUUUUUUAAUUAAGGCGGUCCAACUCGAUCCCAACUUUCUCGACGCUUACAUCAACUUAGGAAAUGUAUUGAAGGAAGCGAGAAUUUUCGACAGGUUUGUCAGGAAGUGAAUGAAGUUUCACAACGGUCUGUGACUCUAGGGCGGUGGCGGCUUAUCUGCGAGCUCUGAACCUGGCGGCCAACCACGCCGUCGUUCAUGGCAACUUGGCCUGCGUUUACUACGAACAGGGCCUGAUCGACCUCGCCAUCGACACCUACAGAAGAGCCAUCGAACUUCAGCCGAAUUUCCCCGACGCCUACUGCAAUUUGGCCAACGCCUUGAAGGAGAAAGGCCACGUUGCCGAGGCCGAAACGGCCUACAUGACGGCUCUCGAAGUUGCUCUUUCCAUUUUUCAGCCGAAUUUCAUUCCUUUUCCAGUUGUGUCCGACCCACGCCGACUCUCAGAACAAUUUGGCCAACAUCAAACGGGAACAGGGCAAGAUCGAAGAAGCAACGCGGCUGUACCUGAAAGCUUUGGAAGUAAAACAUUCCAGUCCUAUAACUAUUUUCCUCUUGAUUAAUGAGACAAGGAUUAUGCUCUUAUUCCAGAUAUACCCCGAUUUCGCGGCAGCCCAUAGUAAUUUGGCUUCGAUUCUGCAGCAACAAGGAAAGCUAGGCGACGCGAUACUUCAUUACAAGGUUUUCCGUGCGAAAUGCAUGGAAUCGUUCAAUGGGAGUUCAGGAAGCGAUCCGAAUCGCUCCGACAUUCGCAGACGCCUACUCCAACAUGGGCAACACGCUGAAGGAGAUGGGCGACACGAACAACGCGCUCCAAUGCUACACGAGGGCCAUCCAGAUCAAUCCCGCCUUCGCCGACGCUCACAGCAACUUGGCCAGCAUUCACAAGGCUCGUCUUGGCAUAUAAUAUAUACUUCAAUCGCCCUCCUUGACUUCAAAUGUCGUGAUCCAGCUUGGAAUGACUCAAGCGUUGCGGUUGUGUCGCUGUUCGAAUCUUGUUUAUAAUUGACUUUUGUUCUAAUUUGUGAGAACUUGCUUAGCUGCGCAAGUCGCUUUGGGUCAGGCGCGUUCCAAAAUGAAUGAGCUAAUUUAGCGGAUGAAGUUUUUGCCGUUACUUAAUUUAUCAUUUACUGUUAUAACUGACUUGAAACAGAAGCAUCCAUACCAAAUAAAAAUAAUAAAAGAUUAUCUUCAGCUCCAAGCAUCAUUUUUUCAGUCAAGGUGUUUUACAGGACUCUGGAAACAUCCCCGACGCCAUUCAGAGCUAUUCGACGGCUCUCAAGCUCAAGCCAGACUUCCCUGACGCGUUCUGCAACUUGGCGCAUUGUCUGCAAAUAAUUUGUGACUGGACCGACUACGACGGACGGUUCGUGCUGGUCUUACCCUUUCAAAAUAUUCCUCCAUUCUGGUCAUAUCAUUGAAAUUUCAGAAUGAAAAGACUGGUGAACAUCGUGGAGGAUCAGCUGCAGAAAAAGCGACUUCCGUCGGUCCAUCCGCAUCAUUCCAUGCUCUAUCCUCUGUCCCACUCUACUCGCAUUGCAAUCGCCUCGAAACACGCACAGCUUUGCAUCGAUAAGGUUUUUUUCAAAUAGGAAAGCCCAGCUAGGAGGGAAACUUUUGAAAAGAAAAAUGAUAUAAUUGGAUUUAUCUGUUUUCCAAAAAAAACGCUUCAAUCAAAUCAAAUCCCUUCCAUUUUCAGCUUUUUUUUUUAGCAAUGUGCAGUUUUUUUUCAAUGCUAGUUGAACCUUCUGAUAAGCCUUCUGAUAUAACCUUAUAAGCCGAGAAAAAUUCAGUACGUUGUACAUUUAUGUUUUUUUUUUCUUUUGGACCAUCUCAGUUCGUAUAUCUAGCUCAAUUAUUUUCUUUUCGGUAUUAGCUUGAAAUUAUUCAACUCUUUCAAGGUUCAAAUGCUUGGACGUGUUGCGUUGGCCUAUCCGGAUAGAAUGAGCGUGCGAAACGGCCAACGGCUGCGCAUCGGCUACGUAUCAUCCGACUUUGGCAAUCAUCCCACUAGCCACCUGAUGCAAAGCAUUCCCGGCAUGCAUGAUAGAACCAAAGUCGAGGUACUCAUUUCGAAAGAAGAGAUUUUUAAAAAUCGAGUUUGAGGUGUUCUGCUACGCGUUGUCGGCCAACGACGGAACCAACUUUCGGCAGAAGCUGAUGAACGAGGCCGAGCACUUCGUCGACCUCUCCGCGGUGCCUUGCAACGGCAGAGCGGCGGAGCGCAUUUCCAAAGACGGCAUCCACAUCCUCAUCAACAUGAACGGCUACACCAAGGGAGCUCGCAACGAAAUCUUCGCUCUCCGUCCUGCGCCAAUUCAGGUGAAGAAAUGGCGAAACGAGCCUUCGAAUAAUUAGCUUCUCAUGAGUGUUUUCUGUUUUUGUAAAGAAAAAGAUUAGUGGAAAAAGGUUUUCCUCUUACUUUUUCUCGUUCGAAAUAUAAUUACAAAAUUGAAAUUUGGAAAGAAAAAACAGCGAAAAAAAGGAAUUUAUGGAGGUAAAUCAAAACUUGAAAGAACGUAGUCUGUCAGAAAAAAAGUACAAUGGAAAAAUUUUUGAAAUAAUCGUUCAAAUACUCUUCUCCAAAAUGAACGUCUACUUAAGGUCAUGUGGCUCGGUUACCCUGGAACUUCUGGAGCUUCUUUUAUGGACUACUUGAUCACAGACGCCGUGACAUCUCCAUUGCGACUCGCUCAUGCUUACAACGAAAAGGUUGCUCCGAAUGACGGUUCCUCAUAUUCAAAGGAAUGGUAUUCAGCUCGCCUACAUGCCCCACACUUUCUUCAUCGGCGACCACGCUCAAAUGUUGAAACAUCUGACCGAGCGCGUAAUUGUUCGGGAAAAGUCGGCACAGAGCGACAAAGACACGAUCGCCGUGAUGAACUCGACGAAUCUGGAGCCUCUUCUGAGCAAAGCCGACGUGAAGCCGUACGUCCGCGAGACGGAAGUCGUCUGCGGGCCUGGCAAGGAGAUUCUCCGCACUGAAGUCGUCGUCCCCGUCUUCGAGGUACAUUUCACGCAUUCAAGGGGACUUCCUCCUGAAACUUUCUGUUGUGUGGAGAAAUUCAUUUAAAGCUAAACGUUAGAUUCCGUUUUUUCUUUGAUUUUUUUAUUAGACAGACAAAGGAUGAAAGAACAAGUAGUCAGUUUUGUUUUGAGUUAUAACGAAAAGUUAAGAAAAAAAAAAUGACUUUUCUGCUUCGACCGAAGUUACAAUCCCAAAGGUAGGAUUAAUUCAACGUCAACCAGAAUUCCGGACAGCUGCAUCUGGAAGAAACAGUCGAAAAAAGAUAAAUUUCGUAGAAAUGGGCGAAUCUUCAAUAAAAGUGGUUCAUCGCAGGUGCCUACAACCGAGCCGCUUAAACAGAUGAUCGGAACGGGACAAGUCGCCACGAGCGUCGUUGACGGACUCCACGUCCAGAAUGGCCUCGCUCAAGUAAAUCUUUUUUUCGGGUUUUCUGUCCAAAUUCUCCGAUGAGGAAGAGCUAUCUCAUAUGAAAAAUAAUCAGCGAGAAUUUUCCAUUUCAGGUUUUUAAUUUAUGCGUCUUACAGUUCCAAGUGCAUCACAAGGCAGCGACGGGAGAAGAACUGCCGAACUCGUUGCUGUUGACGAGUCGACAGCAGUACAACCUGCCCGAAGAGGCCAUCGUGUACUGUAACUUCAACCAGCUGUACAAGAUCGACCCUUCGACGCUGGAAAUGUGGAUCGAAAUCUUGAAAAGGGUGCCGCGAAGUGUUUUGUGGCUGCUGCGGUUCCCAUACCACGGAGAGCACCACGUGCACAAGUUCUGCGCCGAACGGGGCGUCGAUCCGAAACGCAUCGUCUUCAGCAACGUCGCGGCCAAGGUGCGCAAAAAUCGAGGGCCUCGAAAUAGAGGGUCCUGAUUGCAGGAGGAACACGUGCGGCGAGGACAGCUGGCCGACGUUUGCCUGGACACGCCUCUUUGCAACGGCCACACGACAGGAAUGGACAUUCUGUGGACUGGAACUCCCAUGAUCACGAUGCCUCGUCAGUUCCUUUAGAAGUAGAAACAAAACGGAGAGCGGACCAAAAUCCGUGUGAACAGUUGAAAGUUAUCUUAUCUUCGUGUAGUAUCGCGAAAAGUCAAACCAAUCUUUCUUGAGACGGUGGCAAAAAAAAACGGAGAAACUCACAAUUUAUUAUUUAAAGUGUCUGAUGGAUAACUAGGUCGUACCUCUUUUUUUCCAUCACUUUUUCUCGAAAUGCCUCAUUACAUCGAUAACAAAGUUCGGAGAAAAAUAAACAUGAAUGAAAUUUUUGAGUCAUUUCAACGGAAUAAUCCGACAAGUUUCCAGUGGAAACGUUGGCAUCGCGCGUGGCGUCUUCGCAGCUCUACGCCUUGGGAGUUCCCGAGCUCAUUGCUCGCAGCCGGGAAGAAUACAUCAACAUCGCAACUCGAUUAGGCACCGAAAAGGCCUUGUUAGUUUUAAAAUUCAAUCGAAAAAAAAUGCUGUUUUUUGAUUGAUUUUACGUAUAUCAGAUGUUGGAAUCUCUUUUUGAGAUAGAAUUCCAACUUUUCAGUUUGAAUACUUCAAAGACUGUGUUGACUUGAACAUUCAGACGCUUGUGACACGGCAGAUACAGUCUUUUUCCAUGUUUAUUCAUGAAGAAAAAAGACCUAUUAUCUUUUCUAAUUUUUUCCUUAGGAAAAAAUUCAUCUUCUUCUCUCUAAUGUAAUCGAAACGGAUCACCGUACUUUAACAUCUGGUUUUGUGGAAACGAGUUUUUUGCAGCCUUGCCGGAGUACGCGCCAAAGUGUGGAAGGCGCGGACGACGUCGACGUUGUUCGACGUGAAGCAGUACUGCAUGGACCUCGAGAACCUGGUGCACAUGAUGUGGAGUCGCUACGAACAGGGUCUUCCCGUCGACCACAUCCCCAACAAUUCUGAAACUCCGCCAGGCCUUUAA